CAGCAACGUGCUUGCAGUAUAUUCCCCGACUCCUGGAUACGCUGAGCAAGCUCUGGAGCACAGGCAGCGCUUUGGAACCAGGCAGAUACAAUGAUGACAGUGAAGGUUCAGGUCCUGUUUGGCUUCCUUUGCUGCAUGAUAUUUCUGCCUACAGAUGGCUUCCCAGCAGACACCAGUACUGAAUUUCGCUCUGCUUUCUCUGUGGCCAGAACCAGCAGCAUGGAAGGGAGCUCCGAGAUGGUCAUUACCUUUGACAAAGUGUAUGUGAACAUUGGCAAUGACUUUGAUCCCAAGACUGGAUUGUUCCGCUGUCGGAUCCCUGGAGCCUACUACUUCUCCUUCACAGUUGGGAAAUACCCAAAGAAAAACUUGUCUGUCAUGCUGAUGAGAAACAAGAAUGAAGUGCAAGUGAUUGUGUAUGAUGAACAUCACCGCAAGGAAAGGAAGGUAGCCAGCCAGAGUGCCAUGCUCCAGCUUGACUACGGUGACACAGUUUGGCUGCGGUUACAUGGAGAUCCCAAGUAUGCUCUUUACAGCAACGUGGGCCCCUAUACAACUUUCAAUGGCUACCUAAUCUAUCCCGACACUUCUGCCUUCUUCCAGAAUGCUCUUAGCUCUCAAGAGCUGGGGCCACACCAUCGCACUAUUCAGCAGCUUCCUGGAGAGCGGAAUGAAGCUUCACAUCAACGUGUGUUAUCUGAUCAACCGAACAGGGAACAAGACCCUCGCUCUGCAUUUUCUGUUGCCCGCUCACAAAGUCUCCUGGGGACAGAUGACAAGCAAACUCAACAUGAGCCAAUCACAUUUGACACAGAGUUUGUGAACAUUGGAAAAGAUUUCAAUUCCUCCACCGGUAUCUUCUCAUGCCGUAUACCUGGUGCAUACUAUUUCUCCUUCACCAUCGGCAAAAUGCCCUUUAAGACUAUGUCAGUGAAACUUAUGAAGAACCACAAUGAGGUGCAGGCCAUGAUCUAUGAUGACAACCACUCCAAGAGGCGGGAGAUGCAGAGCCAGAGCAUCAUGCUGCCUCUUCAAACGGGGGACACCGUUUGGCUCUACAGCCAUCAGCACGAUGGCUAUGGUGCCUACAGCAACCAUGGCAAGUACAUCACCUUCACAGGCUUCCUGAUCUAUUCAGAGGCUCAGCCAAAACGGCUUCCAGGUGCCAGCUCACCCCAAGGGUCAAAUAAUUAAACGCACAUGUGAAAGGAGCAUAAGAAAAGCCAAGGUGCCAUGAACUUGGAUAUAGCUCCUCCUCGAAUAUCAUCCUCUACUUUGAGCAUGCUACCAUGUGUCCAGUGCUCUCCUUACGCUGCACGCUUGUGCUCUGUCUGCAGGGCCGCUGCUGUGUCUGCCAUUCAUCCGUAGAAAGGUCUUUACAGGUUGUAUGUGUGUGUCCUGUGUUGGUGUUUGAUUUAAGCAUAAAGCAUGAGGUAGUUGUGGGGCAGGGGUGGGGCAGUGUAGUGAGAUGCUGAGGAUCAGAGAAGCACUGCGGUAAUCUCACUGCAGAUCCCCAGCAUCCAGAAAGCAAAGGAGGUGGCGACUUUCCUUGCAUAUGUGGGGAGGGAAUAAAUGUAAUGGAAAUGAAUGUAUUAAAAAUACAAAAGAUGUAACAUUUUCUC